AUGGCCGCGCAGGAGCCGCCGCGGCCGCCCCCGGGCGCCGCCGAGCCGGUGGACGCGGAGCCCGGCGGGCGGUACGAGGCGGUGGUGCCGCACUGGUUCUACUGCAAGGUCACGGACACGCGGGAGCGCUGGGUCCCGUUCAGCGCGCAGGACUCGGAGCGGCUGGAGGCGGCGCACGGCGCAGGGAAGGCCCAGGAUGACGUGGUUGUGCCCACGUCGGGGGGCAGGUACGACGUGCACCUGCGGGCGCGGCGGCGCGUGGCCGUGUACUGGGAGGAGGAGGUGUCCGAAGUGCGGCGCUGCACCUGGUUUUACAAGGACAAGGACAAUAAGUUCAUUCCUUACUCGGAGUCCUUCAGUGAGGAACUGGAGGAAGCUUACAUGAUAGCAGUGACGCUGGGUGAGUGGAAGAAGAAGCUGGAGUCCCCCAACAGAGAAGUCAUUAUCCUGCACAACCCAAAGCUGAUGGUUCACUACCAUCCCGUUGCCAGCUCUGACGAUUGGGUCUCCACCCCCACGGAGCAAGGUCGGCCCCGGACUGUGAAGAGAGGAGUGGAGAACAUCGCUGUCGAGAUCCCCAACGGAGAGCCUCUGCAGAUCGACCACCUGGUGUUUGUGGUGCACGGGAUCGGCCCCGCCUGCGACAUCCGCUUCCGCAGCAUCGUGCAGUGCGUGAAUGAUUUCAGGAACGUGUCCCUCAGCAUGCUGCAGUCCCACUUCAGGAAGGCCCAGGAGCAGCAGCAGGUUGGCCGGGUGGAGUUCCUGCCUGUGAACUGGCACAGCUCCCUGCACUCCACGGGCGUGGACGUUGACCUGGAGCGGAUCACGCUGCCCAGCAUCAACCGCCUGCGUCACUUCAUCAACGACACCAUCCUGGACGUGUUCUUCUACAACAGCUCCACCUAUUGCCAGACCAUCGUGGACACGGUGGCCUCGGAGAUGAACCGCCUGCACCAGCUCUUCCUGCAGAGGAACCCGCAGUUCAAGGGCGGGGUGUCCAUCGCGGGGCACAGCCUGGGGUCACUCAUUUUGUUUGAUCUCCUGACGAACCAGAAGGCUGAUCCCGAGGAGGACGAGCACUGUGCACAGGGCUCCAGGACAGCCUCAAGCACGGGAGGCAUUGAGGAAGUAAAAGAAAUCCUGAAGCAGCUGGAGCUGUCUGAGUAUUGUGAUGUUUUUGAGAAGGAGAAAAUGGACAGGCAAGCACUGUUCUUGUGCACAGAGCAAAACCUUAAAGAAAUGGGAAUUCCCUUAGGGCCCAGAAUGAAAAUACUCCAUUACAUCAGCUCCAGGACAGAGAUGAAGGAUCAGAGCUCAGCAGCUCCCAGGCACAGUGAGCGUGGAUCCAAGCCCAGCCAGUCCCAGCACGGGGACAGCUCAGAGGAUGUCAGGAACUGCCCCUACAGGGACGUGGGCUUGGGACAGGUGUCAGCAAACUACCCCCAGCUGAACUACAGGCCCAGCAUCUUCUUCGCCUUCGGCUCUCCCAUCGGGAUGUUCCUCACCGUGCGAGGAGUGAAGCGCAUCGACCCCAACUACAGCCUGCCCACCUGCAAGGGCUUCUUCAACAUCUUCCACCCCUUUGACCCCGUGGCGUACCGGAUCGAGCCCAUGAUCGUCCCGGAGCUGGAGUUCGAGCCCAUGCUGCUGCCCCACCACAAGGGCAGGAAGAGGAUGCACCUUGAGCUGAAGGAAGGGCUGACUCGCAUGAGCGUGGACCUGAAGAACAACCUGCUGGGCUCCCUGCGGGUGGCCUGGCAGUCCUUCACCCGUGCCCCAGUGCCAGCCCUGGAGGCAGGCAGCACUGAGGCCGAAGCAGAGGCAGAGGCUGGCGCUGAGAAGCAGCCAGACAUGAAGGCAGAGGAGCCCCCAGCAGCAGUGAAGGAAGAGACCCCUCCAAUCAACGUGGGGAGGCUGAACGGAGGGAACCGCAUCGACUACGUGCUGCAGGAGAAGCCAAUAGAGAGCUUCAACGAGUAUCUGUUUGCACUCCAGGGGCACCUGUGCUAUUGGGAGUCAGAGGACACGGUUCUGCUGGUUCUGAAGGAGAUCUACCAGACACAAGGCAUCACACUGGAUCAACCUUUACCAGGAAGCCAGUGACCAACCUGUGCUGUACUGGCUGUCCAAUCCCACUGAGUACUCACCAGGAAAGUCCAGAUCUCUCUCUGCCUUCCUCUCUCCUCUGCUGCCGUGUCCUGCAUGCUGCUUCCCAUGCUGCCUGGAGAUCAGGAUGGAUUUUCUUCCAUUUUGGGUAGGGGGAAAAACUGUCAAGGGAAAACCACUUCUGCUCGAGCACACACAACACCUGUACAGUGACUCCCUGUGGCAACGUGUGCUUUUCACCCUGCACCCUGUGAGUCCCCACAGCAGCUCCUGCAGCAGAGCUGUCCUGCUCUGAGUGGUGAGGACACACAGCCCGGGACCCUGAGGAGAAAAAGCCUUAAACACACAGCGUGGAAAGAGCUCCAGCAGAGCAGGGGAGGUUGCUGAGUGCUAGCACCAGCACCCACAGCAGCACUGGGAGGCAAAGCCCAGGCU